AAGUAACGUAGCCGGAAAUGAAGUGGCACGGUGCAUUUUGGGUAAACAAACAACAGCGCAGAGGUAAAAAAAAAAAUAAAAACGCUGUAAAAUGUCCCGUGGACAAACAUGGAGUUGCGAGGAGACUCAGGCGCUUAUUGCUGUAUGGUCAGAUGACUAUAUCGCACAGUUGCUUGCGACUACCCACAAGAAUAUUCACGUUUUUAAUUUGUUCAGCGAAAAGAUGGCGGCGUGGGGAUUCAAUCGAACGGCGCAACAGUGUCGCAUCAAGGUGAAAAAACUGCGACAGCAUUACAUAAAGGUCCGUGACUCCAUACGGAAUAAUGGCUGUUCGGGGGACGAGAAGGACAAGUUCCCUUGGUACGAUCAGCUUGACGAAAUACUCGGAACAAGACCCAUAAGCAGCCCCAAGCAGGCGUCUUUACAAGACGAUGUCCCUAUCACGGCGAUUAAGGAAGAGCCAGAUGAUGUGUCACAGUGCUCCGUUAGUCGGGAGUGGUGUAAAAGUGGGUCCAGUGAAAUUCACCUUGGAGACGAGAGCACAACCAGCUCAGCUCCGAGCUCAGAGAGCCCCAGGCCCGAGCAAGAAACAAACGGCUUUCGCUGGACAGUACCCGGGGCCCAAAACAAGAAAAGGAAAAGCAGGGUCGAUCGUUUUGACAUUUUUUUGGAAAGCUAUAUGCAGCAGAAGCGGCAGAUGGACGAGGCCGACCGAAAACGGCGGGACGAGGAGAGGGCUGCGUUUGAAAAGUUUAUGAGGAUGCAGCAAGAAGCGGACGAGCGGCGGUUUAAAGCCAUGCAGGAGCAGCAGCAAGUCAACAACCAACUGUUGCUGCAGAUGAUGGGGAUACUGGAUCAAGUUGUAAAACAUUUAAAAAAGUGAAGUGACUUUUUCUGGUGGAUCAUGUAAUAAACGCCUGAUUUAAAAAAAACAAAAACAACUACAUUCCUAUGUUUAUCUACUUUGAACCAGUCCAUAUGCUUAACAGGUAAUCAAAGGCAUAACUACCAUUGGUGUUGGGUCAUUGUUUUUUUUUUGUGGUGAAUAAUUUGGCACCGAUAUACAGUGGGACGUCUAAGGCAGGGGUGUCCGCAAACUUUUCCACCAAGGCUUACAGGCACUUUGAUAUUUUUAUAUAUACUUUUUUAGUUUUUAAAAAAGGCUUUAAAAGUUAUACGUAUUUACAGAUAAAUGUUAUGAGUAUCAACAUUUCAGCUUUUUCUCUUUACAUUGUGCCUUUUUGCUGUAUUUUUCCUCAAUAUAUGCUUUUCUUUUGUUCGUACAGUGUGCCAUGGACCAUUAAAAAAAAAAAAAAAAACACAAACGGACUGUGGACACCCCUGCUCUAAAUUGAAAGACUCCUUAUUUCACAAACAUUUUAUGGAAAAAGGACUCUUCAGAGCUGCACAAAACCAAACUUCUGUUCGAACUGCUGUCAUGCAUCUAUCUGUAACACUGCACAUUUUCCUCUGCUUUUUUUGCCCCCUCCCACACACAAACACACACGCAAAACAACCAAAAUAGAGAGGAGAAAAACGAUGGUGCAUGCAGGAAGUCAUGUGAAGCAAGCAGUGGACUCACAUUCAAAGCAGUGCCACCUUACCUGUUGUCACUUGUUAUUUAUUAUGUGUGCUAAACGUCUUUUUCCACUUGACACAUAAGAACGUUAAAAAGUCAGAUGCUUGAGGAGCCUUUGGCGGUAAAAUUAAGAAUAAGCGUCAUUGUAUUUGAGUGGUGGCUAGCUUCUUUUUACACUUGUGUGUCAUGAAAUGUUAUUUGAAAACAUGGCCUGUACAGUUAAUAAAAGUUUUAUGAUGUUGACAGAUUAUUUCUACUUGCAUUAUUUUUCAUGGGUAAAGAAUGAAAUACAGUGGUUCCCUGGUUUUCGAUGAAAAUUAUUGCUGAAAGCAUGUCUCGAUUUUCGUACACUUGUCUCAGUUAUCGUACGGCCAAACAGUGUAGCAAGCGUAUCAUUCCGUGGAAUGGAGUGCCCAAAUAAAGCAUCCAUGCGUUGGUGAAGAAUGAAUAGUCUUUUUAGAGCGGCAACAAUUAAUUGACAGAUCAAUGAUUGAUCGAUUAUUCUAUUAACAACUAUUUUGGUGUUCGAUUAAUCUUUCGAAGUUAGUUUUUAAUUUCCUAUGUCCUCCAUGAAAACAGACCUUUUACCUUUUGUGUUUUAGGAAAAACAAGACAUUCACACACCAUCCCAGGCUUUGUGCUCAAGAUGCAACUCAACAAAACCUAAAUUCCCCAAAGAGAAUUGAACGGUACUUUGACAUUGACUACCAACUUACUUUGUCAACUCCGGUUUUCGGUUCUAGUUCCGCUGAAAAGUGAGGCGAUCCCAGCCGGUCUAUUUUAUACAAGAUGAGCAAGUCAUUAUUAUGGAGAGUUAUGAGGAGUUCCCAAAAGAUUGUGAUUGCUAGAAGCAACACUGCAUGCCAGCAUGUGAACGUGCAAGUUAACACUGAUUAUUAUACUAACUAGAGUAUACCCUACUAGUCUUUUCAUUUAUCAAUGCUCAACAUUGCACAACUUUGACAUAUUAACGCUUAAACAUUUAAAAAGCAAGUUGGAGCAACAACUUUCUUUUUUCAUGUCACAUUGUCAUGAAAUAUUUUCAAAUGCUGUAUCUCCACGUGACCACUAGAUGGCAGUGUUUCGUGUGUGACGUUUUUUUGUGGCGACCUUUCUCAUUUUUUCCU